CCUACGAACCGCGCGCGUGCAUUCACCGCUGUCGAAUCUGUUGACGAAAUUUUAGCAACACUCCGUAGCCUACUAUUUCGCAUAAACAAAGUCUGUAAAGCAAUCGACCUGCUAAAGGUAGUUAAAAUACGACGUUGCGAUAAGUGUUAAAUUGUGCCUUAGUGUGACCGUUUGAUUGAAACUGCUGUAUUUAAAUAAAAGAAGGCUGAAAACUCAUUACAGUCGACUAACUAAACAUAAGUGUAAUGCCUCGAUAGGCUAUAAGCAGUGACUGGGAGUGGGACUCCAUAUCAAGUGUUAGUAUAAAGUGACGUAUAGUGUAUGAAAAUGCGCGUGCGGUGGUGGCGCGCCGUGGUGCUCUGCGCGUGCGCGCUGGUGGUGCGCAGUGACGCGCUGCCGCCCGCCACCCUGGGGGAUGUCGUCGCUAAUGCUGCCACCAGCCUCAACUCUAUGAAGGUGACGGGGGCGUGGCGGCGCCUGUCGAGCACGGUCAGCGAGUCCGUCGGACUGAAGCACGCCCUGCGCCGGCUACAGGCGGUGCCAGCGCGUGCGGCGCGGCUCGUGCACGCUCUCGUAGACCGCAUGCGCGUCGGCGGCGGUCCCUUGGUGUUCACCCAGCUCGGAGCCCUGCGCGGACGCAAGCUCGUCACCAGAACUACUGCACAGACUCCCUAUUACAGCUUUAAGGGUAUCAGGUACGCCCAGCCACCGCGAGGUUCACUUAGAUUCCGGCCGCCAGCACCCCUGGAGCCUUGGUCAGGAGUACGAGAUGCUUUGGAGGAAGGCGCCGUGUGCCCUCAUCGGUUCAUGCUGUUCGACACCUACAAGGGAGACGAGGACUGUCUCUUCCUCAAUGUGUAUACGCCAGCACUUCCUGAUAAGAUGUCCGGGUACAAUCCCAAGUUAGCGGUGAUGGUUUGGAUCCACGGUGGUGCUUUCGCCAUGGGCUCCGGCAACGCGUUCCUCUACGGUCCCGACCACCUCGUCGGCGCAGGAGUCGUGCUGGUCACGCUCAACUACAGGCUCGGCGCGCUUGGCUUCCUCAGCUUAGAAAAUGAUGAAGUCUCUGGGAAUAUGGGUCUUAAGGACCAGGUGAUGGCUCUAAAAUGGGUGCGGGACAACAUCGAGGCAUUCGGCGGUGAUCCGGGACGCGUCACCAUCUUCGGCGAGUCGGCCGGCGCAGCCUCCGUGCAUCUGCACAUGUUAUCACCGGCUUCUCAGGGAUUAUUCCACGCCGCCAUAGCUCAGAGUGGCGUGGCGAUCGCGCCGUGGGCGCUGGCGCAGGAGCCGCGCGCACGCGCCUUCGAGCUCGGCCGCGAGCUGGGCAUCGACACCAACAAUACUGCUGAGCUACUCGGUUACCUCCGUGCCACGCCGAGCGAGCUACUAGUAAAGGCAGGGGCUCGGCUGUCCAGCGCGCCAGGCAAGUCGGCGGACAUGCAGAGCACCGUGGCGCUGCCCUUCCUGCCCACGCUGGAGCCCGAGGGCGGUGACGCCUUCCUCACGCGGCCGCCCACGGACACCCUGCCCGGCGCCGACGUGCCCUUCCUCACGGGCUACAACGCGCAGGAGGGCAUUAUACUGUUCCGACGACUCCAACGGUACCCGAAGUUGUUGAGCGAGUUGGAGCACGAGUUCCGUCGCGUGGUGCCGCCCGAGCUGCAGGGGCAUAACGACACGCUCACUGACAAGAUAUCAGACUCCAUCCGAGCGUUCUAUUUCCAACAGCGACCCAUCGAGAACAGGAAUAUUGACAGCCUUAUCGAUUUAUUCACAGAUGUAAUGUUCCUGCGGCCAGUUUUAGAGACGGUACGCCAGCAAGUUGAGAGCAAUCGUACAAGCCCCACGUACUUGUAUCGGUUUUCCUUUGACGGAGCACUGGGACUGUUCAAACGCAUGCUGGGUAUCACACACCCUGGAGCCUGCCAUGGAGACGAAAUGGGCUACCUGUUCUACUUCUCAAGGCUAAACUACAGACUGGACGACGAUUCUCCAGAGCUUGCAGUUUCUCGGCGCAUGGUACAAAUGUGGACGAACUUUGCCAAAACCGGAAACCCGACGCCUGAUGUGGACUACGAGUCUGUGGUCAACUUCAAAUGGCCGCAAGUCAACAACACGGAACACAUAAGUUACCUCGACAUCAGCGGUAACUUCACCGUGCAAACCGACCCUGAAGCGAAGAGAGUCAAGUUCUGGAACUGGCUUUAUGACAACUAUUCUACAAAACGGAAUGCAGUGACCAACAGUUCCACUGCCGUUACCGAGUAACAAAGUACAAUUUUGUGAUAAGUGAAUCAAGGUUUCAAAUGAAGUCAGACAUUAUUUCUGCCAGUGGAACUGUAGAAUACUUUAACUAAUAUAGAGUGCCAAAAUAUGAGAACAAACUUUUCAGUGACCCCGUAGGCGAGUGAUCUCAGAAAGAAGCAGCGAAUACUGACAACUCAAAUACUGAGGCUACAUUAAACAAAUGAACAUCGUUAAAUAGUGAAAUGUGUUUGUUUCAUAGUGCUAUUGGUGAACUGUUUUCUGUGAAGGCUUGUUCCAAUUCCGAAGAUGGAAGUGGAAACUUAGCUUCUUGACUGCGAUCUGGCUAGCUAGCUGGCUCGUAACCGCGAUGUAAAUAAUAAAUUGUUAAGUGUUUUUAUAACUGUCCGUUUUAUAUUUUUAAGAUGUCUUAACUCAUGCUAAGUAAUUACAUUUAUGAAAUAAAUCGGUAUGUAAGAUA